CUCCCAAAAACCAAAUAACCAAAAACCAUGUCUUCAAACUCCAUUUUUCUCCUUCUCUUCUCCUUCUUCAUCAUCAUCAACUCAUCCAUCUCCAUCUCCAUCCAACCCUCAACACCCAUCUCACCAUCCUUAGCAUGCAACACAACCCUAGACCCAACCUUCUGCAAAACCCAUCUCCCAUCAAACCCUAAAACCCUCUUUGACUUCACUCGCUUCUCCCUUUCUAUCUCCCUCUCCAAUGCCAACACCUUCCUCCAAACCAUCAACUCCUACAUUCUCUCCAACCCUCUCUUACCUUCACCCUCCAUUAAAGCCCUCCAAGAUUGCAAACUCCUCUCAGACCUCAACAUUGAUUUCUUACUCUCAAGUAGCAACACAUGCAACUCUUCCACCAACCUUCUUGAUUCUCAAUCUCAACAAGUCCAAACCCUCCUCUCUGCUCUCCUUGCCAACCACCAAACUUGUCUUGAUAGCUUACAAGAGACCUCUACUAAGUUAACUAUCAUCAAUGGCAUCUCAUCAUCCCUCUCUUAUGGCACUAAACUUUACAGUCUUUCCCUUGCUUUGUUCUCUCAUACUUGGCCUCAAAAGAACAAGAACAAAACCUUGUUUAAUGGCAGAAAGCUUCUUCAAAGUGUUAGUGAUGGUACUGUGAAGGUUAACAGCACAGUGGUGGUGAAUAAGGAUGGGAGUGGAGAUUUUGUUAGUAUAAAUGAUGCUAUAAGUGCAGCUCCAAAUAAUACCCAAUCUAGUGAUGGGUAUUAUUUGAUCAAAGUUAGUGCUGGUUUGUAUGAGGAGUAUGUUUCCAUUGCAAAGAAUAAGAAGUAUAUAAUGAUGGUUGGUGAGGGGAUUAACCAGACUAUCAUUACUGGUAACCAUAGUGUUGUUGAUGGCUGGACUACCUUCAACUCUGCCACUUUCAUUGUAGUCGGAGAAGGGUUUGUCGGAGUGAACUUGACAAUAAAAAACACGGCGGGAGCGGUGAAACACCAGGCGGUGGCGCUCCGGAGCGGAGCAGAUCUUUCGGCAUUUUACCGAUGUAGCUUUGAAGGGUACCAAGACACAUUAUACAGUCACUCCCUAAGACAGUUCUACAAAGAAUGUGACAUAUAUGGCACAGUAGACUACAUAUUUGGCAAUUCAGCAGUUGUGUUUCAAGAUUGCAACAUCUACUCAAGACUUCCCAUGCAAAGCCAAAAGAACACAGUGACAGCACAAGGCAGGACUGAUCCAAAUCAAAACACUGGUACUUCCAUUCAAAACUCAAACUUUUUGGCCACCCCUGAUUUGGACACUGCCCUUAAUAAUGGCAGUGUAAUAAGGUCAUUUCUUGGGAGACCUUGGAAAGAGUAUUCAAGGACUGUUGUUAUGGAGUCCUUCAUUGGUUCUUUGAUUGAUCCUCAAGGAUGGUUGCCUUGGGAUGGGGAUUUUGCUUUGAAUACUUCUUAUUAUGCUGAGUAUGAUAACAGAGGACCAGGGUCUAAUACUAGUGGGAGAGUUACUUGGGAGGGUUUCCAUGUUAUUAAUAGCACUGAUGCUGUUAAUUUCACUGUUAGUAACUUUAUUCUUGGGGAUAAUUGGUUGGGUUCCACUGGGGUUCCUUAUAAGGCUGGGUUGUAAUAGGGGUAAUUUUGGAAUUUUAUUAUUAUUUUUGACAAGGUGGUGAUUUACUCAAAACUUCAGAAAAAAACAUAAUGUUUUGUAUUUUGGAAUUUUUGAGAAGAA